AUGAACAGUACACUAGACCAGAGUGACUGCGUUGGUGUGCCAGCAUCCCAUGCUUCCAAACCACUCGGGACACCUAAGACCAUUCUCGUGGUUGGACUGGGAAUGGUGGGCAUUGCCUUUAUUGAGAAGAUACUCAACUUAGAUGAGGCCAAACACUAUCGGGUGGUAACCUGUGGCGAAGAAACGCACCUGGCUUACAAUCGCGUGGCUCUUACAGAAUAUUUUCAACACCGCUCCGUGGAGAAGCUUUACCUUAAUCAAGUGGAAUGGUACGCUCGGCAGGACCCCGAGCAUUUUGUUUUUUAUACCGGCGAACAAGUCACAUCUAUGAACACCGCUGCGCACUUCGUAAAGACGAGCAAAGGCCGUCUAAUUAAUUACGAUUACUGCGUGCUUGCUACAGGCUCUGAGAGUACACUGCCACCGUAUAUCCCCCCGGAACGUGUCGCGCAGACCAAGGGUGUUUUCGUCUAUCGAAACAUUUCGGACCUCGAUAAGAUCUUGAGUUACUCUGAAGAAAAUCAUGUCAGAGGCGGCCGGGCUGUGGUUGUUGGCGGGGGUCUACUUGGUCUUGAAGCUGCCAAAGCUGUCUUUGAUCUAGAAACCAUCGGGAAAGUCACUAUAAUCAAUCGCCAGGCAUAUCCUCUAUCUCGUCAGCUUGACGACGAGGGUGGCGAGAUUGUCCUGCGUUGCAUUGAGGCCAUGGGAGUUGAAGUCCUUACAAAGACGUCUGUAACGAGUCUCGUGACCACUCCGGAGGGCGUCUUGACCGGACUUGUCCUAUCAAACGAUGAUCAAUUGGACGCCGAGAUGGUUGUUUAUGCAAUCGGGAUUUCCCCUCGCGAUGAUUUAGCAAGGAAAGCAGGGUUAAAAUGUGGGGUGAGAGGUGGAAUCACUGUGGACGAUUACCUAAGGACAAGUAUUCCCGAUAUCUACGCGAUCGGAGAGUGUGCCAGCUGGCGAGAGAAUACCUUCGGUCUUAUUGGCCCAGGAGUCGAAAUGGCGGACAUCCUGGCCUUCAACCUUACUCAAGUGCAGACCGACGUCGGAGGUUUUAAACCUAGACAAAUGAACAUGCCUGAUUUGUCAACGAAGCUGAAGCUCAUGGGUGUUGAUGUUGCUUCUUUUGGCGACUACUUUCUAGAUAAGCGAGUACCCCGGGGCACGGCUACCAGAAGUCGGAAGGUCGAAGAUACCCAAGCUGACAAGCUUUCACGUGCCGGAUCUGCCCAAGACGGAAAGCCGGCUUGGGAAAUUAAGAUCGACGACUCCAAUGCCUCGACAACCCCAGCAUCCAACAAGCAGCACAUACUGAAAUCGGAUAAUUCGAAGAGACACGGCUCCGGUUCUAAUGAACCUAUAGAAUGUCUGACCUAUAGGGAUCCAUUUUCUUUUGUGUAUAAAAAGUACAUCUUCACUGCAGACGGCAAACAUCUGCUAGGCGGGAUGAUGGUUGGGGACACCUCGGAUUAUGUCAAACUUAUUAGCUUGGUCAAGAAAAAGAAAGCUAUCGAUGUGCCGCCAUCACAAUUCAUUGUUGGAGUCGGAAAGAAAGGCGAGGACGAUGGCGCCGACCUGGAUGAUGACACUCAAGUUUGCAGUUGUCAUAACGUGACGAAGGGUGCUAUUGUGGCAUGUGACUUGAAGUGCAAAACCAAAGUUGGAACUGGCUGCGGCGGUUGCAUGCCCUUAGUCACCAAUCUCUUCAAGUCUGAAAUGAAGAAAGCUGGACACGCUGUGUCUAACAACCUUUGCACACACUUCACCAUGUCUCGUCAGGAACUCUUCACUGUCAUUAAACUACGGAAGUUGAGGACGUUUCCUGAGGUCAUGCAAUCUGCGGGAGCUAAGCCAGACUCGGUUGGCUGCGAGUUGUGCAGGCCUGCAGUUGCAUCUAUCCUAUCUUCAAUGUACAACGAACUCGUUGUCGCCCCAUCACAUCAUUCUAACCAAGACACCAAUGACAGUUGUUCUUUCAUGCUCUUACUCGUGUCCUUAGGUACAUUCUCCGUGGUGCCGCGAGUUGCUGGAGGCGAGAUCACUCCAGACAAGUUGAUUGUUCUUGGACAAGUUGCAAAGAAAUGUACACAACGCAUUGAUUUGUUUGGUGCGCAAAAGCAAGACCUCCCAGACAUUUGGGAAGAACUAGUUAAUGCUGGAUUUGAGAGUGGCCAUGCAUAUGGCAAAGCGUUGCGUACCGUCAAAUCCUGCGUGGGCACGACGUGGUGCAGAUACGGUGUUGGAGAUUCAGUCGGAAUGGCGAUCCGUCUCGAGGAACGUUACAAAGGUAUACGCUCGCCUCAUAAACUUAAAGGCGGGGUCAGUGGUUGCACCAGAGAGUGCGCAGAAGCGCAGUCAAAGGACUUUGGUUUGAUCGCCACAGACAAGGGCUGGAACAUCUUCUUGGCUGGGAACGGCGGCACGAACCCUCGCCAUGCCACACUGUUCGCGAAGGAUGUACCGCCUUCGAAAGUCAUACGAAUUCUUGACCGUUUCCUCAUGUACUAUAUUCGCACAGCAGACAAGCUUAUGCGCACUGCGCGCUGGGUCGAACAGUUUGAGGGAGGAAUCGAGAGACUUCAGAAGAUCUUGUUAGACGAUGAACUCGGGAUUUGUGAUGAGCUCGAGGCUGAGAUGGCUACCUUGGUCGGCACGUACCAUGACGAGUGGAGUGUAGUAGUCAAGGAUCCUGCCAGGCGGCGGCAGUUUCGCCAAUUUGUAAACACAUCCGAGUGGAAGUGGCGCAAGUUGGCCACAGUCCAAGACUUAGAGCUUUCUGAUACUACCUCCAGUUCUGUAGCUGUGAAAUACGGAGACUCUCAAUUGGCCAUUUUCCACGUACCAAAGAAGGGUUUCUUCGCUACUCAGCAGAUGUGCCCUCACAAACGUGCAUUUGUGCUUGACCAUGGUAUCGUCGGCGACGAUAAACAAGGCGACAUUUAUGUUUCUUGUCCGCUACACAAGCGUAACUUCCGCCUUAGCGACGGUACCUGCCUGAACGACAUGCAUCCUGAAGAACUAGAUGCUGUCAUAGGCACCAGCAAAUGGAUGAUCAAGCAGGCCACGGCCGAGAUUCUAUCUCGCGGUGGUGGCCAAGGUAUCGAGAUCGCAGCGGACCACUUAGAUGGGCCGCCAGCUGCCACUACUGGUGCAGGAUGUAAUGGAGAUUCUUGUGGCGACUCCACUUUAGAUUGGUGA